AUGGAAGAGAUAUGUAUAUUUUUAUUAUGUCUGCGUUUCUCAUCUCUAAUCGCUUGCUGUAUUCUCACCUAUGCACCAUUCGAUAGUUUUUUGCUCCUAUCAACUAGUUGCUUCAAAAUGGAUCGAUGUGAAGAUGUUUUACCAUUUCCACUUCGUGGUUUUCAAAUUGUGAGUUUUUUAAUACUUAAUAUCAGAGAAAUUCUGGCUUGAAUAGCGCGGUUCGCGAAACCAAAAACAUUCUGCGAAAUGUUUUGACUAUCUUUGGCUAAAGUUUCUCCGUUCGCAAAUUUUUUUUUCGCGGAAUCCGCGCGCUGAAUUUCACACAAAAAUUGAGAGAACAUUGUCUGCGAAUCGCGCUGUUCGAGCAAGACUUUCUCUGACAUUGAGUAGUUUUUUUAAUUUUUAUGUAAUAUUUUUUCAGACAUUGAUAAGUUAUCGGCUGGAAAAAUCUCAUAGAUUGAUGAAUGAAAUUGCGAGUAACCCAGUCAUGCCACAUCAUAAAAAAAUGGAAGCAACAUUUUCGCUUUUAGAUGUGAUGCGAAAACUUCAAAAUAUUGAUAACACUAAAGCUUAUAAGCGGGAAUCUGGUCAAUUGUAUGAAACGAUCGCAAAAUGGGAAAAAUUUCAAAAUCAAUCAAUGGUUGUUGGUAUUAAUCACAUCAAUAUGCAAUUGAAUCAAGGACCAAUUAUCAAAGAUGAAGUUGAGAAUGUGGAAGUACCAGAAGCAGACAAUGUUGGCGAGGAUUUAAACGAUCACAAAGAUCGGAUUUCAAAAGUUCAGCGUUGGGUAAAUAACAUUGAAUCCAUUCCACACUUCGAAGAUUCUUUAUUCUAA